AUGCGGCAGCAAGGCGGGGAAAGGAAGGAGGAAGAGCCGGAGGCUCUGGCAGCCGGGAAGAGCCCAGGCGCUGAAGCUGCGGACGGAGGGUGGGCAUGGGGAGUGGUGUUUCACUUCUUCCUGGUCAACGUACUCGUGAUGGGGAUGCUCAAGACCUUUGGGAUUUUCUUCGUGGCUUUCCAAGAGGAGGUGGGGGGCUCCUCCGAGCAAGUCAGCUGGAUCGGCUCCAUCAUGUCCUCCCUGCGCUUCUUAGGAGCCCCGCUCGUGGCCGUGGUCUGCAGGAGGCUGGGCGAGCGGCCGACCUCCAUCAUCGGGGCCGGCUUGAUCGGAGGGGGCUGCCUGCUCCGCACGCAGGCCACCAGCGUCCCCUUCCUCUGCGUCUCCAUGGGACUUCUCCUGGGUAUGGGGUUCGCCUGCCUUUACCAGGCGGCUGCGGUGAUGAUGGCCAAGCGCUGCAGGACACGGCUGGCUUUCUCCAACGCCAUUGCCCGCUCCGGGAUGGGGCUGACAUUUCUAAUCGCGCCGUUCACUCAACUUCUCAUCGAUUUUUAUGGCUGGCAAGGUACUCUCCUGAUUUUUGGAGGCAUCACGUUAAACCUCGUGCCUUCCAGCAUGCUGCUGCGACCCGUCAGCACCCAGCCACCUCAACGCUCCUCUGCUAAAAAUCAAGACCGUGGGUCUUUAAUGGCAAAGAAGGAUCCAGAAACCCUUGCUGGACGCUUAGAUGAAACCACUCAGAGGGAAAUACAGCUUCGCAGUGCAAAGGACCUUCCCACCACAGAGGGAGUCCCGAUGCCCCAUGGCAGAGAUGUCUCUGGUCCGGUAAAUACGUCGGCUCUGGAAGGGCUUGAGAAACCCCCCGCGGACAGCUGCUCGCCAGAAACAGCCACCGAGGCCAAGAGAAGCUACAAAUCCCUUCCACCGACUGAAAAAGAAAAUUCACAUCCUCUCCUCGACUUCUCCCCACUGAAGGAUCCCGUCUUCUGCAUUUUCACGUGGUCUUUUUUGUUCAGCCACUUGGCCUACUUCGUGCCCAUCUUCCACCUGGUAGCAAGGGCCAGGACGCUGGGCAUAAGCAGCAUGGAUGCCUCUUACCUCAUUUCAGUGGCUGGCGUCACGGAGAUGGUCAGCCAGCUGCUCUCGGGCUGGGUCGCCGACCAGAACUGGACCAAGAAGUAUCACUACCACGUGGCUUACCUGGUCCUCAGCGGCAUCACCAACCUGCUCUGCCCUCUGGCCACCACCUUCCCGUCGCUCAUGGCCUACGCGGUGGCCUUCGCCGUUUUCUGCGGUGGGUUCAUGGCUCUGGUCCUUCCUGUGCUGGUAGAUCUAGUGGGCGUGCAAAAACUCCACAGCUACUUGGGGUUUGCUGCCUUCUUUGCUGGGAUAGCAGCCAUCGGCGGACCUCCUCUAGCAGGGUGGCUGUAUGACUACACCCAGACAUACGUCUGCUCCUUCCUCUUCGCUGGAGCCUGUGCUCUCAUCUCACCUAUUUCUUUCCUCUUUGAGCCUUCGGCCCAGAAAUGGAAGCUAAAAAAAGCCAACCCGAACAACGGCCCCAGGCUUGGCUGA